AACAAAGUAUCUAGCAUCAUUGUGACAUUGUUUAUCGCAACAUAUCGUUGCGAGUCUGCAUUGUGCAUAGCUGCGCCGUAAGGACAAACGUCAACAUGAGAGAGUUUAGUGUUUGCACAACGAAAGAACCCUCCCGGUCCUUUGCGAGCUUUUACCUACACUCAUGCACGGCCGCGUACGCACACACUCUCCGGUGCGCGCAGUUAUGAUGUAAGGAAAAGUCAACAAGGAAAACUUUGCGUUCGGUCUCGGGAAAAACAGUCACUGGUGGGCUGCGUUCAGUUCUCGUGCAGUAGGUAACUUGAGUGGUAACGCUAGAUGUCAAUAUUGUAUGUUAGUCAUUAGCCUACAAAGUGAAUUAGUUGUGGAAAGCAAAGAUUUAUGCAGCUCUAUAAGGGGGUUAUCAAAUGUGCGCUUAUUUAUAUUACGGUGUGAUUAUUUUGUGUAACUUUUGUUCUAGCGAAGAAAUCGGGCCAAACUGGAAUGAGGUUUGAUUGUUUCCAGGGAGAACAUCAUUUUACAGUGCGAAAAUUGUUGGGUGUGUGAGUUCCAGUUUUCAGUAAAAAUUUGGUGAAAUUAUGUGCAUCUAGAUUAGCGCUUCUUUGUUAUUAUCAGUGAUAAAAGUGAGACACAACAUCAUUAAAUAUCCAUCAUUCCAUCAGUGACGACAACGACGGCGCAAUAAAAGUGUGUUUUUCCACCGGAAGGCAAUCUUAAACAGGACACAAAGACACCCAUUUCCAUCGGUUCUGAGCCAGCUGCUAUUUUGUGGGUGCUAUCGUGUUGAGACAAAGGAGAGAAAAAUAAGGACGUACCUUCAACCACGUAGAUACACUGCAUGGUACGGUGUACAAGGAUUCGCUAGACAAACGGCACACUCACUCAUACUCAUACACAGGCACACACAUACACACUAAGUGCACCUUUUUGCGUCCGUUGACUCACGCGAAAGGAAACAGCAAAAGGGACAUCCGUUUUCUUGGGUAUCCGGAGUUUGCUAACAGCGCAUCGACAAAAAAAUGGCACUCGAUUUUGCGGCCACAUACAAGGUGCUGGUGCUGGGUGAUUCCAACGUUGGCAAAACAUGCAUCGUGCAUCGUUACUGUGACGAGCGGUACUACGAUACGUACAUUUCCACGAUCGGCAUUGAUUUCAAGCAGAAACUCAUCAACCUGGACGGUGUGCCGAUCAAGCUACAAAUCUGGGACACGGCCGGUCAGGAACGGUUCCGCACGCUGACGACUGCCUACUACCGUGGUGCAAUGGGAAUUUUGCUGAUGUACGACGUGACGAGCCUGGAAUCAUUCAACAACUUAUCCUACUGGUUGCGGAACAUUCAGGAGAACGCGGCUCCUGAUGUGGUAAAAGUUUUGGCUGGCAAUAAGUGUGAAUGCAAUGCAACACAGCGAGCAGUCGACAAGGAACGAGGUGAAAAGAUUGCUGAAAACUUUGACAUGCCGUUCUUCGAAGUGUCGUGCAAACAGAACAUCAACAUUGAGGAAGCAUUCCUAACUCUGGCCCGGAAGAUACGCGAACAGAGGGAACAUCGGGGUGAGAACUUUGACGACGGCGAUCGCCAGAAGGGCCUGCAGGAUAUGAUCAAGAACGGACCCGGAUCUAACGGUCUUGGACCGUUUACGUUAGGUAGCGGCGGUGAAGGUGGCCGCUGUUCGUGCUAAAAUGGUGCUAUUAUAUCUAGCCAGAGAGAACAUCAGCCUUCUUUUGGCAAGAAGACAUGCAUUAAAAAACUGUCAACAUCGGCAUUAAAGCAUCGAAGAAGUGGUCGAAGAGCUUCGAACAUUCUGGUCAAGACUUUUAUGUAUCACCUAGCGCCAGUUGCGAGUAAAAGGCGUGUGAAGAAUGGAAGAGAUUUUGCAAAAUCUUCACGUCAAUCUGUGGUUGCGCGUUUUACGCUAGCAGAGUUGCUCAGUGAUUGCCAUAACAAAACACUGUGAUUGCACCAAAUGUCUCCAUAGCUGGUGAUGCACAAAUGACGUUUCAAGAAAUGCGACAGCAUUUCAAAGAAUACAGGGGAAAAGGAAGCAGUAGAGCAGGGCGGAAUUUUAAUUUGUAAUAUGAACUACUUAAAAUGCGAGAAAUAAUUUAGUACAUCAAUGCUGCUUAUCGAAACAAAACACACGUUGCGGUGAUGGACGAAUGCGUCACCAGAUUUGUGUUGUACACCAUCAGCUCAGAGAAAAGUCAAUCCUGUAUAACGUUAGAAAGGAAACUACAAUAGCCAAGCACUGGUGAAAUGUUUAAUUAAUUUAGGUAGUUUUUAACCAGUUGCCACUACGUAACAAAAAUCACGCAUAAGCAACAAAGCGAACGGUAGCUUGGGUUCAAUUAAAUCGUACGAAACACGAUGGCAAAAGGAGACGAACAAAGGAAGCAAACAACAUGUAAAAAGUCUAAACAGUCUUUCAGCGGGCGUUUUAAAUUAUAUUUUGCUUUAGAUCAGUUUUCUUAUGAGUAUGAUUUAAAUUUGUGUUAUCUACUGUAAGGUACUAAGUAGUGCUGUAUUUGAUAAUAGUAACAGAUCAAGAUCUCAAUCCACCAGGAUCAGUGCUUUCAUGGAAAUACAUUGGAUGCAAAAUGAUCUCGUAUUACUUGUGUAUAUUGCGUUAGUUAAUGUUAGAUUGUUUUAGGCUAAUAAUCUUAAUUUUCUACACGCAUACCGCUCAAUGUCGAUUGGAUAUGAUCAUAGAAAAAUUGUGCAAAACAAAAAAAACACACAUACACACAUUUACGUACAUACUUAUAUUGUAAUAGCCAAAUUUAAACCCACUCAUUUUUUUGUGUACACUGUAUUGAUAAGAACACAUUUAAAAAAGCCACCGUUUCGAGUUUAAUGGUAAGAUACUGGUGGUUAGGAGAGUUAUUUGGGAGUAAACGAAAUAAAAAAAGGAAACCUUAAACAUACAUAAACAUAAACGAGAUACACUACAAGCAAGUAAGAUAAAUAUUGAAGCGAAUUGUAAAACUGAUAUAAAAAAAGGAAAAGCUGAAGGAAGGAUUGCGAUUAUAACCAUGAGCAAAGUCAAGAAUGACUAGAAGGUUUGGUUUUAAUUUUAAAUGUUGCUUCAGUCUACUCGAUCGUAAGCGUCCAGGGGCAUCACACGGAAACGACGAUGUAAAGACAUUGAUGAAUGAAUUGAUCACCCAUGUUGUAACACAACAUCGCUUACUAAAGAAUGGAACAAAAUUGGUAACGAAGGACAGAAGGGGGCAUUGUUUGCGUUGUAAAAUUGAUGGUAGUUUUCUUUGAACUAUUUCGAAAUAAAAUUAUCACAAAAGAA